GUAGAAAGGAAACGGCGGCUCUGCAGGAGGCUGGGCCGAGGGAGCUGGGGACAGGAGAGCCCGGCCCGGAGAGCGCUGCUGGUGGAAGCAAGGCGGAAUAUAAUUAAUGUGACACCAGGGAUUGUAGGCAAUAAGAUGUCUCGUGUUCCUCUUGGAAAAGUUCUUCUUCGAAAUGUCAUCCGCCAUACUGAUGCCCACAACAAGAUUCAAGAAGAAUCGGAAAUGUGGAAAAUUCGAGAAAUGGAGAAGCAGGCACAAGAUGAUUAUGGUACAAAGCGGAGAAGAACCUCACCAGAGCCAAACCGGUGGGAUCACAAUGGCUACAAGGAGUUAUAUCCCGAAGAAUUUGAUAAUGACAAAAGCCGCAUGAGAUCCGAUGGUUUUGAUGCUGAUGGAAGUAAACAAGCUGAAAAAACAGGAGCGGCAUCGGCAGUGAUGCUGAGACAGGGUGCCCUGAGUAUCCGGGCUUUGAACAAGAAGUUCUACGAGUGUGAGGCCAGCUUACCUGACAGAUGGGGGCACAGUGGGUACAAGGAACUGUAUCCUGAGGAAUUUGAUUCAAACAGUGACACAGAAGAAAAAAGCAACAAGAGGAAAACAAACGGCCAGGAAACGACAAGAGGCAGAGUUAAAAAAGAACAGGAGUCUCACAAACGUAAAAGAUCCAAGAAAACCCAUAAAAAGAAACAGAAGAAACGGUCUCACAAAAAGCUAAAGAAGAGAAAGAAGGAACUGGAGGUGCCUACAGAAACCUCAAGCGAGAGUGACAGUUCAGAGGACAGCAUGGAAAAGCCAAAGAAAUCCAAGCGCAAGAAGAAGACUCGAAAAAAGGCCACUAGAAAACAGCCAUCUUCAUCUGGACAAGACAGCGAUUCAAGUGAUGAGAUGAGCAGCACCGAAGAUGUUGAGACAGAGGAACAUAAAGGCAGACGCCAUAAAAAAACAAGCCAGAAACACCACCACCGAUCAAAACCCAAGAAAGACACCGAGAUGGAAUUGAGGAAAAGCAGGAGGACAAACUGGAAAGUGGCUAAAGACGAGGGGUCCGAUAGCUCGGAUGAAGACUGAGGCACUGCAUCAUCGGUCUUUGAUUUUAUCAUGGAGGGACUUUACUCAAUAUGUACUAUAGAGAAUUCCUUUCCAAUUGUCUCAAAUGUGCAAUAUUUUUAGUUGUGUAUUUUAUUUUUUAAUCUGAAAGAAACAUACUUACAUCCCUCUUAUUUACCUUAUACCUGAUGUUUACCUUUUAGUCAGCAGAGCAAGUAACCAAUAUUCCUGCCCAAAAUGAACACAUGCGCAGACACUUCCAUACAGUAUCCUAGAAGACAAUGAUCAACCCAAGAUAACAUUCAGGAGGUUUUUGAUAAAGAAAGUUAUGGAAUGUGUUUUUUUUUUUUUGUUUAGUUUAAUUGCACACUUAUCUAUGUUGUAGUUUUUACAUGAUACUAUAUUGUUGAAUGCGCCAGACAGUAUCAGAAUCAUUUUGUAGUAUUAAAACAGAAAGGAUGAUAUGCUGUGUUAGGGAAAUCUACAACUGAGUAAUAAAAAUGCCAGUGAAAUGUAAGCAGCUAUGGAGUGAUUUUAGCCCGCACAGCUGUGUGUUCAAUAGAACAGAAACAGGACUUGCUAUAGUGGAACCCCAAAAGUCAAUUGGGGUACCAGGUGUGUUUUAAUUAAACUGUUGCGCUUCCUAGUUGUAUUUGGUUUAAAGUAAUGAAGAGGGAAAUGUUCAUUUAACAUAUCUGCAAAAUAAAACCACAUUUUAGUUAUUUUUUUUCUCGUUUCUAAGAUGAGUGUUUUCAUUCGGUUUAAGGCAAUCCCUAAUAAUUAAAACAAAUUACGUGUUUUGUAA